UGGCGGUGCUGCCGUGGAGCGUCGGACCCGGAAGUGCGGCUGAGCCGGGAGAUAUGGCAGCGGCUGCAGGAGCGGUGGACGAGGAGCGGGACAUGAAGCAGCUGCAGUCUGAGAUGAGCGAGCCCGGGAGCCCGCCAGGAAGGAGCGCAGGAGACCGGGUCAAUCGGCGCCUCAAGUAUCUCAGUUUGGCCGUGCUGGUCGUCCAGAACGCAUCCCUCAUCCUCAGCAUUCGAUAUGCCCGCACCUUACCCGGGGACCGCUUCUUCUCCACCACCGCCGUGGUCAUGGCAGAGGUUCUCAAGGGCAUUACCUGCCUGCUGCUCAUGCUGGCCCAGAAGAGAGGUAAUGUGAAGGAGCUGGCUGUGUUCCUGUAUGACGCGGUCAUUAUCCAGUACAUGGACACCCUGAAGCUGGCAGUGCCCUCCCUCAUCUACACCUUGCAGAAUAACCUCCAGUACGUGGCCAUAUCUAAUCUGCCAGCAGCCACCUUCCAGGUCACGUAUCAGCUGAAGAUCCUGACCACCGCGCUGUUCUCCGUUCUCCUCCUGAGGAAAAGCCUGUCCCGUCUGCAGUGGGGCUCCCUCGUCAUCCUCUUCAUCGGCGUGGCCAUCGUCCAGUCUGAGCAGUCUGGUGGGAAGGAGAGCGUGGCAGCGAGCGGUCAGAACUACAUCGUGGGCCUGAUUGCGGUGGGCGUGUCCUGUCUUUCCUCCGGCUUUGCUGGCGUGUACUUUGAGCGCAUCCUGAAGGGCAGCUCCGGCUCAGUUUGGCUACGCAACAUUCAGCUUGGCAUCUUUGGCACGGUCUUGGGGCUCCUGGCCAUGUGGCAACAAGAUGGAGCAGCGGUGGCCGAGCGGGGCUUCUUCUAUGGCUACACUCCUCUGGUGUGGUGCGUCAUCUUCAACCAGGCCUUCGGCGGCCUCCUGGUGGCCGUGGUGGUCAAAUACGCAGACAACAUCCUGAAAGGCUUCGCCACGUCGCUGUCCAUCGUGGUGUCCACAGCCGCCUCUGUUCACCUCUUUGGAUUCCACGUGGACCUUCCGUUUGCACUGGGUGCUGGACUGGUCAUAGGUGCUGUGUACUUAUACAGCCUCCCCCGGACACCUGACCCAGCCCUGUCCAACAUCAGCCAGACGCCACCACACAAGGAGCCAUUCCUGCCAAAGUCAGUGCUCACCAAUUGAAGGACCUGUCUACUUCUCACCCUGUUUUCUUGACGUUAGGUGUAAGCGGCAGCACCCGAAUGGAGACCGGUCUGGGGCUGAUGUCACGUGCAGUCUCUCGGAGGGGAGGUCACAGUGUUUUACUUCCAUCUUUUUUUUUUUUUUCCAGCAGUAACCACUUCUGCCCCCUGCUGGCAUUAACCUACUGCUCCGAGAACUAACCCAUGUGCUCACACACUACAACCAGGUCCGUCAGCCCUCUCUUCCCGGUGUGCACGUUGCCGUAUACCUCUUUGUAUUGGCGCGUUGCGUGUGUGUGAAGUAUGAGUCUCAUGUUUGUGAAUGCGUCCGUACAUGUUACUACAGGUGCCUCAUGGUUUUUUUGGGGAGUCCGUUCUGUUAAUUAAUCUCUCACUUGUUCCCGUUACCUCAAAAAUCUCUGUAUUUUGUCCACUAAACAGUAUAUGUGCCACCCCGCCAUCUGCAUAUGGGUGCUGUCACCUUCUGUACUGAUGAGUGCACAGGGAUGGCAUCCAUGCUGACAGGAGCUUCUGCACCCCAGGGUGGUAGCAGAAGCUCGUGUGCAAUGGAGGAAGGCCAUCUAUCUUCUCCUGCAAAACAGCAUAUAUAGUCUGUCUGACAGCUGCAUUUCCCAGCUGAACUUGCUACAUCAGAGACCUAUGCUGCUGUGAGUCCCAGCCUAAUUGUUGUUCUGCUGUACUGUACUCACAGCAGCACGGGUUGCCAUGAUGCAGCAAGCCAUGGUCCAGAAGGGAAAUGUGGCCGUCGCAGACCGUACGAUUGUGUGAAACCUGUGCUGCGUACAGCGAGUGAGACCACAACCAGCCUGACAGUAUAUAGGAUGUAUGGAUCCUGCAGACACUGCUGGUAUUAUACGGAGCAAUUGCGGGCGUUACCCGUUGUGUGUGAAUGUGAUGUCAUGGCGCGAGCCUGGUUCUGAGCAGGUUCCGACUCUCGCAAUGUCACUUGUAAAUAUAUUUUAAUUUUUUUUUAUUAUUUUUUUAUGCCGAAGGGAGAUCAUUUAAAUGUAAGCGCACAGAUCAUGCGGCAGGUGCCCUCCAGAAGUCGGGGCAUCUAUAAACUACCUAUAAAGGUUUGAAAAACAGCGCCCCCUCUUGUCUGUAGGCUGGGUGUGGAAUUGCAGCUAAACCCAAAUCAAGUCAAUAUCAGACACAGACCAUGGACAGUGUAUUUGGGGCCCUGGUGGGACUAGUUUAGGGACUGGCAGCUGCUCAUCUCCCACCUUCCAUAGAAAUGACGAGCGGUAAUGACUUAUUUGCAGCUUUGGCGAUAGUAAGUGGUGCUGGGGAUACCUGGCACCACUUAUCUCUGGAGGGACCAGGGAUAAACCUGUUUAGUAUCUACUGCACUGCCUGGGGGUCCGUCUCAGGUGGUCUCUGUAGCCGACUGGUCUUCACCUGCCCGAUGACCUGUGCACAUUUGAUUCUGGGAGUAUUUAUUAGAUUAUUUUAUAUGGGGGCACUAUGAGGGGUUGUUAUAAUGGUGGGUGGGGGUUCUGACUGGUGAGUUGGUUUUCCUAUACUUUGCCUUCCCUAACCCUGCAGAUAAUGUGACGAGCACCCCGUACCCCCCUCGGUGACAGUCCCCGCUACCAUGGCUUCUUCUGCAUGUUAUUGUUUCCUUCUUGCACUAAACAUUACUUGUUCUUCUGUAAAAUAAAAUCAUUUCUAUUUAUUCUUUA